ACAUUUAUAAACUUUGUGUUUGAGUGGAGACACUACACUCUUUACCUAAACAUCGUACCCACUUUCCUUUCCUAAAAACAAAUAAAAAUACAUAUAGGAGCUGGGGAUCGGUCAACAUCGGAGGAGACGCCCAUCGCCUCCUAACGGAUCUGAUUUAUAACUAGUGCGGGAUUUAUUGGCCGUUAAAACUGUGCGUCGAGUCAAGGUUAACAGAAGGACCAACAGUAGAACCGUUAACUGUACUUCAAUAUGAAGAUCCCCGGAUACCUGGACUAUAUCUUCUGGGGGGAAAAGAGGAUCCUCUUCUCAUAAGGUGGAAGGGAGAAAAUACGUAUCUGAGAAGAUGGUGAGAAAUAAACAUACCGGGGGACGUCUCGAUCGCUCAUCCAAGGGCAAAAACAAAAAGGCUGGCUCCCGGAUUGCAAGCAGCAACGACCUGACUCCUCCAGCUAAACCAGCCGAAGGUGACAUCCCAGCUAAUUCUCCAGAGCUCCACAUCACCAGCCAAGGUCAGCUGGGUUUUCCGGACAGAGUCUACUUGCUUGCAUCAGUCAUCUUCCAGAAUCACCACCUGGAGAAGCCUCCUGCCCAACGGUUGGUGAAUUAUGGGAAAGGAAGAGGACUCUGCUUACCUGGAGUCAAAGAUGAGGAGAUGCAGCGUACAGCCUACGAGCUGGCCUUCAAUACACUUAAAUAUCAAGAGCUGCUGGAGGACAUCAUGAUUGACAGCUGCUUUUACCUCACUCAGCCAAUGCCAGAUGAACAGUUGUGCCUUGUUGCCGUCAUGCUCUAUGACUUCCAGGACAGAAAGUUUCUCCCAAGGGAACGCCAACGUGACGGGGAGAUUGAACAGGAAGUCAGAGAUGUGGAGAACUCCCUCCUUAGGUUUAAAACCAAGCUGGCAGCCUCUCUGGCCCGCUGCAGGAUCAAACAUGAUCUCUUGUCCAUCGAGUGUAUCCUGCCAGAGAGUUUGAAGACGAAGCUGGAGAGAGCAAGCAGCCUUCCACUUUACGCAUGGGUCAACACACUGGAGAGCAGCCUUGAUGAGGUCCAAAGUGUGCUGAAGAGUGCGGGAUUCUCACAGGUGAAAUCGAUCGGUCAGCUGCAGGGCGAGACCUUCUGCCAGGAUCCCCACUGUGGGGAUAUACUGGUGUUCCCUGUUCAGCUGAAAGCUCAGCUGUACACCACCAAGCUGCUUAGCAACCACAAACUCAUCAUCCAGGAUAAAUCUUGCAGCCUGGGCCCACAGGCAGUGUGCUCCCUGCUGCCAGAAGAAGGAGAUGUUCUUAUGUUGGGCUGCUUCUCUGGCCUCACCGUCUCCCACACUGCCUCCCUAGUUGCGGAGAAACGUAAAAGCAUUGGCAGCGACCAGCCCACAGUCUACGUUUGUGUCAGUGGUCAUACAGACGCUCAGAGAGAGGAGCUGCAGCAGGCCGUCACUGCCAUGGGCUGCAAGAAUGUGAAGCUGAUACUAGAAGUCUUCCAGUCUUUGGACAACGGUGACAAGCGACUUCAGAAGGUGUGCGUUAUCCUGCUGACCCCAAAGUGCUCGAUGUCUGCAGUCAGCAACCCGGUGGAAUUCAUACUGCAAGAGAAUGCAGACACAGAACUGCUGCAGGACUUAUCUCAGGGCUUGAUAGCCCCGAGCAGACUGGAAGCUCUGGUGGCCCAGCAGAGGAAGGAUAUUGAUCAUGCCUUGAAGUUUCCGAGGGUUCUGUCAGUGGUGUACUCAACCUGUUCAUCAUACCAAGAGGAGAAUGAAGACGUAGUGAGCAGAGCACUGGAGCAAGCCAAGGCCCGCUCAGAGCAAGACGGGGAACCAAAACAAGCAAACUUCAGGCUUUCUCAAUCCCCGUUCAGUAUUCCUAACCAUGCAGCGGAUCCAGAGGAAUCAGAGCCCUUCUUCAUGUUGGAGCCCUCAGAACAGAGCAAUGGCUGCUUUCUGGCUGUUCUCAGUAAAGAGCCUGAGCCAGUGUUCAAAGAGCCACCACGUGAUGUGCUUGUCAGAGCAAAUGCUAAAGGCAUACUGGACAGGAUCGGCUCCAAGAAAGAACAGCAUGGACACACCAACAGGAUGUCAAAAACAACAACCCAUGCUCCCAACUCUCAGCCCCAACUCUCUGUCAGGGUUCAAUCCAAAAACCAAGACACCAAGGGCAGCAACAGCACUAGCUUGUGUGGACAGGAGUUUAUUAACAGACGGCAGUCACUGCAAGGAAAAGCCAGAGCACUCCGCUUUCAGCUCACAAAGAACACUGUGUCCAGCUCCUUCCCCUCCACCAAACCAGAAAACAGUUCACCCAGGAAAAGCCUCACCCCAGUAUUAAACACCACAACUUCUACCCCGAUGACAUAUCCCACAGCUCCUCCUCCUACCCCAGCUGUCCGUCUUCGCAGACCUCCUCAGGAGCCGCUGAAGCCUGUGGUGCUUGUCCUGCCUACCAUUCACUUCCCCAGCUUCUUUCCACCUCAUCCCAACUACAACAAGUGGAGGAACCCAACUCCAAGCGUUCCCCUCUCCCGCUCCAGUGGUGGUCUCUCCAAAGAUGCUAUGGUCAAAUCCCGGCCUCUGUUUUGAGCUCACAAACAGAAUAUAUUCAUUGAUAUUCAAAUCUAACACCAUCAUAAACACAGUGUUGUUUAUCUGCCAAAUUACAAAGAACAUGUGAAAUGUUGCCUUGAAUGCUUAUUACUUCUCAUUACCGCUAUGUCAAUAUCAGUGUGUUUGGGUGCCUUGACGAACAACCUUACCACGGUCAGAAUAUAAUGAAAUGGCUUAUAUCAGUAGCUUGGCCAAUGUACCAUUGUACCAUCCAACUACGUGAUGAAUAGUUAUAACAUAGAGUUCAACGGACCCGAGAAUUAAAAGGACAUACUCGAGAUGCUACUCCUUUUUUUUGGUAAUGCAUUUAUUGUCACAACAGAUUACAUUUACAUGGUGUCGAGAUGAGUGAAGAACAGAACUGAAAUGAUUUAGAGCAUCUUUCUCUUUCUCUUCAUGUGUGUGUGUCUUUUCCAUUCAGAUCGAACUGCAUUCAGAGUUCACUUGGAGUGCAGGUUGUAGCCACGAGCUAUAGAAGCAGUGUAAAGGUUUCGAUAGCAGUGUGACAGCACUUUUUUUCCCCUACUGCUGAAUGUGUUUUUUUCUUUGUGGGUGGGAGCAGACUGGCUGGAUUUACAGAGGAAGAGAAAAAUAAAGUUAACCCUUACACAGAUUACCCUUGGCAACGAUUUGAUAUUUUCAAUGCUGUCUGAGCCGAGGAAACACUGUUCAUAUACCCGAGCGCUUCACAUCUGCCAAGGUCAAAGCCUGGAUCUGGAUAUUCCUGCUACCACAUAAGUCUUAGGUGUAUGCAUAAAGAUUCCUGAGGAAAUGCUAAGUUUGAACAUAACCAAUGUAACAUUCUUGAACCCUAAAAAAUUACUUUCUUUACAAUUGAUGCAAAUUACAAUCUUAACUAAUUAAAAGCUUCAAAAUACAUAAAAAAUGAUUACA